GCAGUUACUGCUUUUAGGGAUCUGGUUGGUGACACAUCCACGAUGAAGGACACAUUUGUUCUCCUCUGCAUCUUCCCUUCUGUGAUCUAUGGAACCACAUUACCACAACCGAUAAAAGCUCCCUUGAAAUCACAGUUUGUUGUCACCAAUGAUGAAAUUCGGAGUCUGGCUGAAGAGCUAUAUGUAGCUGAUAUCAAUAAAGCUGGCACUGAUGACAUUCUUCUGAAUCUACAAUACAAAGCCAACAGUUCCCGAAACAGCUCAGGAACUGACUAUGCCAGUCAAAAGCUGUUCAGCUAUGUGAAUGAAAGCAAACUGUUCACUCUCCCAACUUUCACCCAUCUUAUCGCACUGCUGGAUAAUUACAUCAAGAACACAGGAACAGUGGAGUCGGUGACCAGUGAGGAGACCCAAGAGCAAACAGCUUUCAUGGAAGCCAUAUUCCAAACUUCUGUAAUGAGCAAGCUAUCCAAAUUCCUACUUGAUAAAGGCUUUUAUACCUCAAUGGAAAGCUUUGAGCGUGAUUUAAAGGAAAUGUGGUUUGGACUAUACACUCGUAAAAAAGGUUUCUUAGACUCUUCAGGCUUUGAGCAUGUUUUCCAUGGUGAAAUCCAUAAAAGAAAGAUCUCUGGAUUCCAUAAUUGGGUACAGCUCUACCUUUUGGAGAAGGCUGGUGAAAUUAACUACUUGAGCUACAUCACAGAUGGACCAUGGACAAGUUAUCCUGAUGUGUAUUCAUUCCAGUUCAAAUGGUCCACCUAUUUGAAGCCCCUAGGAUCUUUCUUUAUGGGAUCUAGUCCUGAGUUUGAUAUAGCAAUGUACACACUGUGUUAUGUGACUCGUCCUAACAAGCGGUGUAUCGUCCGAUUUAAUGGUCAUUCUGUGACAAUCCAAACUUACACUUGGACUAAUUCAUCCUAUGGAAAUGGAAAAAGAUAUGUAGCAAGUUCUUAUCCUGCCGUCUAGACAAAAUGAUGCAAUUUUACACUUUACAAAUAAACAUUGAUUCUCACA